GAACAAGAGGUAGGAGGGAUCUGGGUGUGCAUUCAACUGUGUGUGUGUGUGUGUGUGUAGGAGACACUGAUAUAUAUGUUCAGACCAAAGAGGAGGACACUUUCUUCAGUUGGAACAUUACAGAUGUAGAGAUCGAGAGAGCAACAGAAGACAUCCCGCUGAGACAUCUUAUUGACUGCUACAUCAUUUCUAGCAUCUGUGAGUGGAUUUUAUCCAAACGGAUGAAGGGCCCUGAGAUCUGAUGGUGGUGGACUGACUCUCCCGACCUUCCAAGUGGACCGACAGAAGCAGCGAAGGCGAACAGCUGACCGAUCUACGUUAAAGCCUUAAUGGCGAACCUUUUCAUAUAAAAAACGAGGAAAGACAGACAGAGAGACGGGCAGAUGUCAGAAGCAGACUUCUCCACCGCCCCCACUCCCACUCCCCCUCCCCUCUUCCACUGUGACUACAGCGACUGGUCUCCCUCCUUCUCCAUCAUCCCCUCCAUCUACCUGCUGGCCUUCCUGGUCGGUUGCCUCGGCAACAGCCUGGUGCUUUGGGUCUACCUGGACCGAGCAGAUUUGAGGAGAACAAGGACAGAUGUCAAAAGGCAGACUGGACAUUUCUGUUGCGUUUUGAGAAUCGGUCAGCAGAACUCGAACGGCGCGUCGUUUCCCGAGACGAACAAAGCGAACUGCGGACACAGCCACAGGUCUUCCUCCCAUUCCACCGCCUCCUCCUCUCAUCCUCCCUCCGUCCCCCGUCCCUCUCGCUCUCUCACGGACUCUCUGAUAGCCAGCCUGGCGUUGGCUGACCUCUGCUUCCUCGUGACCCUGCCGCUCUGGGCCGUGUACACGGCGAUGGGCUACCACUGGCCUUUCGGGCAACCCCUCUGCCAGAUCAGCAGCUUCCUCACGGCCCUCAACAUGUACGCCAGCGUCUUCAGCCUGAGCAUGCUCAGCGUGGAGCGGUACUGGGUCCUGACUGGGCACCGGCACUCCAGCCACCACCCCCCUCGGAGCUUGCCCAGCCGGGCUCUGUGGAUACUCGGAGGGGUGUGGGUGGUGGCGGGGGUCCUGGCGCUCCCCGCUUUGCUGCUUCGCUCCGUGCGGGAGGUGGAGCUUGACACGGAAUCCGAGGAUGACUGGCGGCUGGAGCCGGCCGAUUCCAAAUUCCUGUCCUGCCAGAUGGAUUACUCAAUGCUGAUUGGGGCAGAGCUGGAUGAGGAGGAAAGGGAGAGGGCGCAGAUUUGGUGGGCCGCCGCCUUGAGCCUAAAAUCUACUCUCAUCGGCUUCCUGCUCCCUCUCAUCAUCCUGUUGGUGUGCUACUGCUCACUGGCCCAGCUCCUGAGCAGACACUUUGGACGGGGCCCUCGUCCUGACCGCAGGCGACAGCGCAGGCUCCUCAGGGUCAUCGUCACUUUGGUGAUGGCGUUUUUCCUGUGCUGGCUGCCUCUGCACGUGAACAAAAACGUGUCCAUGCUGCUGGAGUUCGGAUUCGUCCCGUACUCCUGCCCUUUAGACCAGAUCCUGCUGGCUGCUCAACCCUACGUCACCUGCUUAGCGUACCUCAACUCCUGCCUGAACCCCGUCCUCUACGCCGCCUGUGACCCGUCAUUCAGGAAGAGAUGCAGGGGAGCUCUCCUCACGUUGUGCAGGGCAAGCAGGCGAGGGGCAGAGGGAAGGGAGGGCAACAAGGAUGUGACAGAGGGCGAAAAGGAGGAAAGGAGCUCAGCUUUUCCCACAAGGACGCAGGAGGAAACAGCAGAAAGGACAGAGGACGCGGCGGAAGAGAGGGAUGGGGAGGUGGAGGCCACAGGAACCAAAAAUAUAACCGUUUGAAAUUAAAAGCGUAGGCCAACCAAAAUCUAAUCCCACCGUCAGGAGGCAGAGAGUCCAGUUAUGUUGUUUGUUGACAGUGGAGCAGCUCUAAUAUUUUUGAGGGAAUUCUGAAGCGGUCUAAAGUCAGUCUCCAGAUGAAUCAAAUGUCAACAUUUUCAAAAAUAAAUAUCUGGACAUACAGAAUACACCCUGGUUUUAAACGGUCACAUUUCCCAUGGGAAAAAUUCCUGUCCCUCCUAAAAGACUGUGCUCAGAAAUAGUCUCCCAGAAGAACAAAUCUUCUCAUGAAAUGUGAGCUGGUUCUAUAUUUUGUACUUUUAAUAUGACCCUGAGUUCUUUGUUGACUUGUGUUGCACUGUUUUUGUUGUUUAUUUUUGAUUAAA